UGUAAAUUAAUUAAAAACUUUAAUAAUGUCCACUCGAUGGUAUCCUAUCUACCAACGUGGUAAUCCACAAUUGCGUGUAUUUUUACCGAAUUUCUGGAUGAAGUUAAUUCGUUCCCGCGACGAACAACCAAAGAAUAUAGUAACGUUUUCGGUAUCUAUGGAAAUGACUAAGUAUGAUGUUAAAAACUAUUUGGAAAAAAUUUACAAGUUACCCGUAGUCGACGUGCGGACACGCAUAGAAAUGGGUUCUACAAAACGUGAUCAAGUCUAUGGGUAUGUGACCAAAAAUGAUGACGUGAAGAUAGCUUAUGUAACAAUGCCUAAAAAUGUAGAAUUCACUUUUCCCGACAUGUUUGUAAAGAAGGAUGAAGCCCAAAAGUCGGAAGAGAAAUCUUUAGAGGACACAAAACAAGGUUUCAAGAAGUUUUUGGAACGUAAUAAGAAGCGACCAGGCACGCCGGGAUGGUUUUCGAUUUAGUUUUAUAGAUUCUAAUGCACCUAAGC